AUGUCAAGUGUAUUCGUCUAUGUGAUAUUUUUGUUCAUUGCAUUACCUACUCUAUCGGUUUUGAUUGCAUGUAUUGUCGAAUGUACAAGACGUUAUUCAUUAAGACGAAAACAAAAGUAUUUAUUAUCAUAUAGUUUAAAAUCUAAAAUAUUUGAAUCUGAACAAUCAUUACCUCUUGCAGACGAUGAACAAAAGUCCUAUAAUCAAGUUAUUAGUUUAUCAACAUCGAAUAUACCAAAACGAAAUGUUAAAAUUAAAAAAAUAUCAAAGAAAAAAUUAUUUAAACAAAAAACAGAUGAACAGGUAUCAUCAAUAUCAAAAAAUUGUCUUUCAAUAACUUUAAAUCCACAAAAUGAUAUUUAUCAUCAAACAUCAAGAGUUCAACAUAACUUGAAUGAUGAUGAAAAUAGUAAUGAUGAAGAUAGUCGUUGUUCAAACGAUUUAUGCAAUGAAAAUAUCAGUGACAAUCUACGAACACAUCUACCAUGUCAAUGGAAUAUUAGACACUUUGAUUAUAAGGAAAAUGAACACAGAAAAUUUGAAAACCAUAAUUCUUGGACAUAUAAUUCUAAUAUAAAAUCAGAGGAACCACCACCACCAAGCUACGAAAUAGCGACAACUGAUAAUUUUUAA